UUGGUGCCGUCGACCCGAGCGACAGACAUCUUGAAUCUCGGGAGGUGCGCUGCUUCGAGUGAAGCUGUUUUCGACGCUCUUUUUUCCACUUUUAUUGUGAUAUUUUCUCAACCCGAGGAAGGUCAUCAAGCCACUUUCCCGUCAGAAAUUUCAGUCAAUUUUUGAACCAUGGGACGCAAAAAGAAGAAGCAGUCGAAGCCCUGGUGCUGGUAUUGCAACCGGGAGUUCGACGAUGAGAAGAUAUUAAUACAGCAUCAGAAGGCGAAACACUUCAAGUGCCACAUUUGCCACAAAAAACUGUACACAGGCCCUGGUCUUUCAAUCCACUGCAUGCAAGUGCACAAAGAGACAAUAGAUAAAGUUCCAAACUCGUUGCCGAAUAGAUCCAACAUCGAAAUAGAAAUCUACGGGAUGGAGGGCAUUCCGGAGGUGGAUCUCAGGGAACACGAAAAACAACGAGCAGGUGGGAUGCGACCACAAAGUCCAGACAGCGGGGACGAAGACGAACCUGCUGCCAAAAAGCCAAAGGACGCCCUCCAGGUAGGAGCAAUGCCCGGCGGCACACCGGCGCCCAAUGGUCCUCAGAUGAUGACCAUCCAAGGAAUGCAGCAGAUGGCCCCUGGUAUGCCUGGAGGACCUUUGAUGAUGCACCCCAUGAUGGGGGCGUCACCCUUCAUGAUGGGUCCCAUGGGACCCAUGCUCGGCAACCACCAACUUCAGCAGGCGCAAGCUCCCAACAAACCUCUCUUCCCGGCUGCUGCGGCAGCGAGUAGUACAACGUCGUCGGCAACUGUCGUGGGAGCCGACUUUAAGCCCAUUACGACUUCUGCAAGUGCAACAACGCAAGGGAGACCUACAUUUGCAGCUUACGGUUCCAGCACGCCAAGUGGCAGUGACACGCCAACGGGCUCUGGGUCGAGUACGACACCAAAGACGCCCGCGAUGAUCAACACAACAAGUGCCACAAGUAGGAUUAUGCACCCGCCCGAGGACAUUUCUCUGGAGGAACGCAGGGCCACACUACCCCAGUACCGACCCAAUGCUGGUGCUGCUUCUCUUGGUGGAAUGAUGCCUGCGGGGAUGGUGGCUCCUGGUAUGCUCUCCUCCCCACUAGCUGCUGUUUCUUCGGCUGACGAGGCGGCCGUUGCUCAUGCACCCUCGGCGGCCCUGUUCGCCUCGUCCAUGGCGGCUGCUGCAGCAGCAGCAGCUGCGAUCGAAGAAGAGAGACGAGCCUUGAUGCCUCGCUACCAGCACAGCGCCCUUCUUCCCCAUGGAAUGGUUCCUCUUUCAGUCGCCCAACCGAUGAUGCUGGCUGCCAGGCCAAUGGUCAGCGUUGCGGGCCACCAAGUCACAAAUGCUGCAGCCGUAGCUAUGAUGAAUCAAGCGCAGGCAAACGCUAUGCUUCGAGCGCAGCAGCAGCAACACCCUGCAGCCAUGGCCGCCUCGAUGGCCGCUGUGGCUCUCGGCCAAUUUCCCGGAGGUCAUCAUGGUCACCAAAUGGCCAUGCUGCACGGGGCCAACAUGCUUCGGCCACCGCCAAUGGGGCUGCCGCCAGGCAUGAUUCACGGUUUGCCGCAUGGCGCGCCAAUGGGCCCAUUCGGCGGUGCGCCCAUGGGCUUCCCCGGCCACCCGAUGUUGGCACCGAUGAUGCACCCACGCUUCAGAUGAUCAGGUUUGCUGGGCUGGGAGGACGUGAUGGGAGGCGGAGUAGCUGCCCCAGCGCCGUCGACGGGCUUGCCACCGCCGAUGCAAGUCGCGCCUCCUGCAGCUGCUCUUCCUGUCCCAGUGUCAACAGUUACCGCCCCACCUCGGCCCAUGGCAGGAGUGUGGCUCCUUCUGCGGUGAGAUCAGCUCGCAACUCUCGGCCCCGACGAAGCCUCGGCUGACUGAAUGGCCGGCCAGACGCAAUGAUCAGUUGUUUAGUCAAACCGGUAUUUAUCUUUUCUUUCGAUCCAUUAUAUAUACAUUUUUCCUUCUCCUGAUCACACUUGCACUCAUCAACUCAAUGGAGCUGAAUACAAUAAUUUUGAUAAUUUUUCAUCAGCAUGCAAAUAUUAUGUUGACCAAGCAAGGCGUUGCAGUGUGUCUGUUAUUUAUUUUUUUAAAAUUCUGUACCUUAAAUAUUAAAUACAAUAUUCGUAAAUGUGGCGUUCCGAAGCGUACUGCACUCUGUGGAGGGGACUAUAUAUUCUUUAAAUUAAUUCAUUUGAUCGAAUUUCUCAACACGGUUGUGGAUGAUCAUGCUCUCAGAAUCCAAUUCUUGUGCAUGCCCAACUGACAGGAUUGGACUUGUUUUGUUGCUUUUUCUUGCUCUGUAGAUGCUUGACCCAGUCAAUUGGCCACUUUGGUGGAGCCGCCUCUGAUCCGAGCAAUUAGUGGCAGUGUACUUAAUUAAUUAACUAACCCAUCAGAGCCGGCUUCUUGUUAUCUCUAGAAGUAAAAACAAAAAAAUAACGAUUUUCCCUACGGAAACCGAUUGCUCAUUUGAACGACACGAAAUAAGUGUUCAAUUCAAAAAAAGACUAUAAUAAUUCAACAAACAAUCUCUGCCGAUUUUUGAGAAUCCAAUACCCUAGCGUACGUGUUUUCUGUGUGUACAUAUCUAGCAUGCUGUGAUAGAUGGAUGCUAGUAUAAUUUCCAGUUGUGAAGGUCCGCUUUGGGAGGAAAGGUUCAUUCCGUCCACUUAGUCGGAAUUAAAAGAAAAAUAAAAAAAAAAAUCUUGAAACCAUUUUCCCCAACUGGAGUCUUGACCGCUGGGAAAGAGCAAAACUAAACACUUAACAAGUAAAAUUGUACUGUGGAAAAAAAUCCAUCUGGAAAGAAGCAUUUUCACCUGGCAAAUUAAUGGCUUGCUGCUGUUGAAACUGUUGUAGAUCUGUGGUAUUAUAUCAUUCAAUAACAUAGUUGGAGCAGAAUGUACUAUUGUCGAUUUUACAGAAUAUUUUAUAGAAUUACUAUGUUCGUUUGUAAAGCCACUUUUAGACACACACACACUAAGCAAUUUUUCAAUCAAUGUGUAACUUUCGAAAGACCUUUGGUGACUUCUUGAAACUUGUCCCGAUCUUGUGUGUAUCUUACUAAUUGGAUGCUAUUUUCAUUGCAAGACAGCUGAGACUCAUAAAAACUUCUAAUUUUAAUUUCAAACAUUUAAAAAAUAAAUAUAUUAAUUGAUGACAAAUUUCUUUAAAAAGCCUAACUGGGUUUCAGCUUUUUGCAACACUCGGCAUGCUGACAUUACAAAACAAAACAUUUCCCUCCUAAUCAUAGCACCCUUGCUGAUACCAAAGCCCUCUCUGAUCGUAACUGAAACACCUCUUCCAAUUUAUCGACAGAAUUUAAUGCAUCUGCAACAACAACAUUGCUGUUUUAAGCCUCCACAGCUCGGUGAGUGAUCCAACUCUCAGUAUCAUUUACCAUAUUUAUAUAUAUAUGACGUUAUUGAGUGGUGGCGUAUUACUUUUUUAUUGUAUGCACCCGGUCGAGUGAAUUUUUGGACCAACGUUUCUCGGCCGGCCCCGGCCGACCGGGAAACGCAGCGCCUGUUUUGUCGUAGUUUUGGCACAAGCAAGGAGCAGUUAAAAUAGCAAUGAUGAAAGGUGGGACUUCUUUUUUUCCUUAUUUUUAUUUUGAUAUAAUAUAUAAAUACAUUUUAAGUUCUCAAUCAAAACACAUGAUGAGUCAGUUAGUAAAUUUUUGACGUACAAAUUAAUUAAUUAAUAACUGAUCAUUGAACGUGUGCGUUAUAGUUUUUGAGCUGUGCGUAGGACAGCCUGUUUUACGUUUAUUGAUUGAAUUUGGCUCUUUGAAUACUUUUGCACCUCGAUGGUUACAUUCUUAGGCCUACUCACACUCACACGCAGGCAAUCAAUCAAUCAAUCAAUACUUUUGGUAUGUUUUUGUUUUGUUUUUGUCAUAAAACAGUUAGUUGACAUACAUAAGAAAAGGUAAGCCGUUUUUCUUUUCAUUAUUUUUUACCUCCACCUCCUGCCUCCUUCCUGGGUUUUGGUUGGUAUUGUCAUUUCUUUUUUUUAUAUAUAUAAUUUCUCCUUUUUUUCUGUACAUUGUUAACUUCUUUGUUUUCAACCAAAUCUGUUGCCUCUGCCACACACGCAUAAACCGCUGACAUGUUUUACUCUUAAGUUGACCUCUUUCGAAUUGGGUACCUCCGUAAUAUAUAUCUUACGCUCAGAUUGUUUUUUUUUCCAUUCAUUAAUUAAUUACUUGCUGUGUGAGUACAUACGACUUUUGCGAACAAGAUGUUUCUCAUCCAUGUAAUCUUUGGCAGUCUAAUUUGUAACUCAGGGGCUAAUGACAGACAGAGAGUAUAAAGUAAGUACAGCAAAAUUUGUAAGGUCCGCGCGGAAGGGUUGAGGAAAAAAUGUUCACUUGUAAUAUGGUGAUGCGCGGUGUGCGAUUCUUCGCCGGGUGGAAAAUUUAAAAAAAAAAAUGGGUUCCUUUUAACAAAUUGAUUCCGCGGCAAUCGAAUCGCAGACCGCGUCACGCCACCAUAGCGUUGCUCUCUUUGCGAAAAAGAAAUAGAUGGCGUGUGUUAUCUCGAUAGAGAGAUAUAUUUCUAAUUAACCUUAAAUAAUUUAACAAUCCUUGCUGAGAUUCGUUGAUGCAGAAAGAUACGAGGAAAUAUUAAUAAAAGUUUAGAUGUCUCAAGCUAAGCAUUUGGCGUUUCUGUGUGUAGCACCAGGUAAGCGCACUCUCUGAACCUCCCCUAUUUGAAUGGGGCUAAUCUCAGUAGUAGAUUCUCAUACCGAGUUCGUUUCAUUAUAUUAUAUUCUCUUUCCUCUCCUAUUACAAAUAAUCGCAGUACCGCAUAUUCAUGGCUUUUGAUUAAUCAAUCCACUGAUUGUCUUUGUCUAUUCGAUUUUGUGAUAAAAAAGAAAAAUAAGGGUGAAUCACUGAACCAAAAGAUUAAUAUGGUUUUUUAAUUUUUUUUUUCUCAAAAACAGGCUAAGCACAUUUUUUUUUAAAAUUAAAACUAGUGGUUCAAUGGAUACAAAAAAAGUGCAUGUUGGUUGGUUGGUUUCACAAGCAGCGUCAACUGGAAAUUGUUCUCUUUGAUCGCACAAAGGUAGGAAUUGUCCCAAUAAUAAUAAAAUGCAAAAUCUGUCUCGUCGUCGUCGGCUGCAAUAAGGUAACCAACUAUACAGUAUUUCUACUGCAAGCAUGGUGGUGGGGGAUGAUUGCAGCAUUCAAGGCAUUCAUUGCAUCUGUAAAACUACACCACAAUGUCACAGCUUCCCGAAAGGGUUGCUGUUGGGUCCUAUGGCCCCCAGCUAAGCCCAGUUUUGAUAACCUGCAUCUAACUAAAGUGUCCUCUCAAGUCUUCAGCAAUUCUUUGCCCUGCUGUUUCCAAAUUAAUAAAUUAAUGGCAAAGAUUUGCUCUGAAAAAAAUUCAACUAAAUAAAAUACCGGCUAUUAUAGGCCUUUCUAAAGUAUAAUACAAAUGAUGAGGCGCUUUAAACCUACUGGAUGGCUGGUGAUAUUUGAUAAUCAGCUGGCAUUUUUGUGAUGUUUUUCGUGCACAAUUUAAUUUCAACUCAAAUAAAACUUGAGCCGUAUACAAAGUAGCACCUUCGCUGUGGCUUUUGAUCAAAAUUAGUUAAUUUGAUUUUUGACUUUUUUUUACUCACUUUUAAAGUGCCAGCUGAUUAUUUUGGUAUAGAGAUCUUCAACAAGGUGUGUCAGCUUCAUUUUCGCUAUUUAUUUGCUGCUACAGUGGUCGCAACGUCGAGCGGGUCUCAGGCCCGUGGCGUUGCUGGGCGAAAGAGCCCCCAGCAUCAAUUGCUGGUGACGCACCGUGUGAUUAAUCAAACCUUCAAUAAGUGAGAAGCUGAGCUACCUGUCUCGAUCAGCUUUAAACCAAUCUUCACGAGAGUCGCUUUCUUCAUCCGAGCUGAGCGUUUUGAGUCUGAACAAAAAGUAAGUCGUCUUCCAUCGAGAAGCUGACCUUUUUAAUCUUUUACAUAAAAUUGAGUUUUACUCGAGAAAAAAAUAUCUUCAUAAUUUAUUUUAUUUUACAGAGGAAUGAUAAAAAGAAACCAAUUGUUUCAUCUCUGUAUUUUUUUAUUAUUAUUAUUAAAUAAUAAAAUUACAAAAAAAUUAUUAAUUCUUACAAAGUAUAAAUUGCGUUUAUUGCAAUGAAGUGAAAAUUUUGUUUUUUUUCCUUUAUUAUUUUCGAGAAUACACUAAUUUUUUGCAGCAAA